GCUCCCCAGUCGACUCCUCGCUAGCGGACAGUGAAGGUUACCUGCUUCAACAGUGCUUGAACGGAAACCUCUCAUCUGUUUCCCACCACCUCGGCUCAGGACUUCUCCAUCCGAUCAACUCAUCCAUCCUCCUCAAUCAUCUCACCCGGAACAAAACAUCCAACAUCCACCUCCGAGCAGACACCGUCCAAACACAGCUAGCCCGACAGCUAGCUACAGUUUGUUGUGCUAACGACCCGAGACGUUACAGAAGGACAGACAACAACAACCGACGAUCGAACCAUGUCUUCCCAAGUGAGACAGAACUUCCAUCAGGACUGCGAGGCUGCAAUCAACAGGCAGAUCAACCUGGAGCUGUACGCCUCCUACGUCUACCUGUCCAUGGGUUACUUCUUUGACCGGGAUGACCAGGCAUUGCACAACUUUGCUAAGUUCUUCCGUCAUCAGUCGCUGGAGGAGCGUGAGCAUGCGGAGAAGCUAAUGAAACAACAGAACCAGAGGGGUGGACGGAUCUUCCUCCAAGAUAUCAGGAAACCAGAGAGAGACGAGUGGGGCAGUGGGAUUGAGGCUCUUGAAUGUGCCCUGCAGCUGGAGAAGAGCGUGAACCAGUCACUGCUGGAGCUGCACAAGCUCUGCUCUGAUCACAACGACCCACAUAUGUGUGAUUUCAUCGAGACUCACUACCUGGACGAGCAGGUGAAGUCCAUCAAAGAGCUUGGAGACUGGGUGACCAACCUGCGCCGCAUGGGAGCUCCCAGCAAUGGCAUGGCCGAAUACUUGUUUGACAAACACACCAUGGGCAAAGAAAGCAGCUAGAUCCCUGCAUUGUUCCUUCACAAACGCCUCUUUAUAUGUAUAUUUGUAACAUGCGUCUAAGUAUUUUAAACCAUACAAAGGCGUCUGCAUGAUAGUGGCUUGUCGUUUGGAACCUGUUCUAUUCUUCUUUACAUUGCCGUUUCCUGUAAUCUUAACAUCUAUGAAACGCCUGAGUGCUUUUCCAUUCCAAUCGUCUCUCAUAUCUUGCUCUCUCUCGUUUAGCUGCGUUCUUGUCACUACUAUGUGUUUGCUGAGUUUUAUGCCAAGAACUGUUAAAUAAAUUGAGCCCUCUGGAUUCUGAA